AAUUUCAAAAAGUCUUCGCCUCAAAUCCCACAUCUCCAAGUCUGAUCGGAUGAAUGGUGAUGAAAAGAAAACAAGUGGAUCAAAUCACACGCGAACCAUUUAUAAUAAAUUUCUAAUUUGUGUUUUGAUCUUUCAUGAUUAUCGAGUGAAGAAGAUGGAGUUUCUUAUCUUCGGUGUCUUAAUCUGCCUUAUUUCCACUUUCAUAGCCCUCCGUCUGAUUCCGGCGAGAAGAAACCCCAACCUACCUCCCGGACCACGACCUCUUCCGAUCAUUGGAAAUCUCUUGGAUCUUGGAGACAAUCCCCACCAAUCUCUAGCCAAACUGUCCGAGUCCUAUGGCCCAAUCAUGUCGUUGAAACUCGGCCAACUCACCGCCGUCGUCGUAUCUUCCCCGGAGACGAUUCAGCAAGUCCUUCAAACCCACGACCAUUUCCUAUCUUUCAGAGCCGUUCCGGAUGCUCUAUCGCCUUACGACCACGGUCAACUAGCUUUCCCAUGGAUUCCCGUUUCCCCCACCUACAAAAACAUUCGAAAAAUCUGCAACACCCAUCUUUUAUCCCCCAAGACUCUCGACGCCAAUCAAAACCUCCGCCGUACCAGGAUAGACGACCUUCUUGCUAACAUCCGACGAAGCGCUUUGAACGGGGAGGCGGUGGAUAUUGGGGAAGCUGUGUUUACGACGACCCUUAAUUUGAUUUCUUAUUCGAUUUGGUCGGUGGAUUUGGCGGACCCAAAUUCUGAAAUGGCCAAACAAUUCAAGGUCACCAUGAGAGGACUGAUGGAAGAAGCUGGAAAACCAAAUAUUAGUGACUUUUUCCCUGUGCUGAAGAGGUUGGACAUGCAGGGUAUAAGGAGGCGCAUCACCGUUCAUUUUGGAAAGAUGUUUGAGAUGAUCGAUGGGAUGAUUGAUGAACGGUUGAAGAUGCAGGAAUUGCCCGAUUUCAGUCCUAAAAAUGAUAUGCUACAUCAUCUUCUCAACAUGAGGGAGGACAACAACGAGAUCCCUCUUGAUAGAAACCAAAUCAAACAUUCAAUAUUGGUGUUAUUUACCGGAGGAACAGAUACGACUACAUCAAUCGUGCAAUGGGCAAUGACACAUCUUUUGAAGAACCCAGAAACCAUGUUGAAACUCAAAGAAGAACUCUUGCGAGUGAUUGGGAAAGGAAAUCCAGUUGAAGAAUCGCACAUCAACAAGCUCCCCUAUUUACAAGCAGUCAUCAAGGAAACGUUGCGCCUGCAGUCUGCGCUACUUCUUCCUCGUAAAGCCGAAUCAGAGGUCGCCAUUUCGGGCUUUACAAUUCCAAAGGGUACCCAAAUAAUCGUCAAUUUAUGGGCCUCAUAUAGAGACUCCAGUGUGUGGGAAAGCCCAUAUUUGUUCCUGCCAGAGAGGUUCUUGGACUCGGCAUCUGAUUCCAAAGCCAGAAACUUUGAGUUCAUCCCAUUUGGUAGUGGGCGGAGAAUUUGCCCCGGACAACCAUUAGCCACAAGGAUGUUGCAUUUGAUGGUGGGUUCGCUGCUUCAUUGGUUUGAUUGGAAGCUUGAAGAUGGAGUAACGCCAGAGAAUAUGAACAUGGAUGAAAACUUUGGUAUUACUGUGGAAAAGGCUCAACCUUUACGAGCUGUGCCCCUUCUAACCUAACAUCUACAUUUCCAAUUUCUUUUUGCUUAUUUAUAGCUUA